AUGUUUGAUUUUUCCCAGUGCCCUGAAGUGCUGCAUGGUCUCGUUAGGGGAGGGAGAAAGCCGUGUAAUUGUUGUGAUUUUACAGAUUGCUGGAGGUCUGAUCUGUGCAGCACCAUGGAUUCGUCAGAAGAGACUGGAGGCUCCUCUGCAGAAGAAAACUACUUUGUGAACUACACCUUCACCGACCGCUCCCACUCAGGCCGCGUGGCCCAGGGCAUUAUGAAGUUGUGCUUGGAGGAUGAGCUCUUUGCUGAUGUUACAAUAUCCGUGGAAGGCAAAGAAUUCCAGCUGCACCGUUUGGUCCUCUCAGCCCAGAGCUGCUUCUUUCGUUCCAUGUUCACUUCCAACCUAAAGGAGGCCCACAACCGGGUGAUCGAGCUGCAGGACGUGAGCGAGAGUGUCUUCCAGCUUCUCGUGGACUAUAUUUACCACGGGACUGUGAAGCUGAGGGCAGAGGAGCUGCAGGAAACCUAUGAAGUGGCAGACAUGUACCAGCUGACUGCCCUUUUUGAAGAGUGCUCCCGUUUUCUGGCCCGUACGGUGCAGGUUAGGAACUGCCUGCAGGUCAUGUGGCUGGCAGAUCAGCACAGCGACGUGGAGCUCUACACGGCUGCCAAACACUGCGCCAAGUCGCAUUUGGCUCAGCUGCAAGACACGGAGGAGUUCCUGCACCUGCCUCUCCGCCUCCUGACGGACAUCCUUACAGAUGGCGUUCCGUGUUCUCAGAAUCCAGCAGUUGCCAUAGAAACCUGGAUCAACUUCAACAAGGAGGAGCGAGCGGGCUUUUCGGAGACACUACGGUCGAGUCUGAAGGUGAUUGGAGAAAACGUUCACAUCUACCUGAUUGGGAAGGAGUCGUCGCGCACGCAUUCGCUCGCCGUCUCUCUGCACUGCGCCGAUGACGACUCCAUCAGCGUGAGCGGCCAGAACAGCCUGUGUCACCAGAUCACCGCGGCCUGCAAGCACGGCAGCGACCUCUACGUCGUGGGCGGCUCCAUUCCGCGGCGCAUGUGGAAAUGCAACAACGCCACCAUAGACUGGGAAUGGUGUGCCCCUCUGCCCCGCGACCGGCUCCAGCACACCCUUGUCUCCGUGCCAACCAAGGAUGCGAUAUAUUCACUGGGGGGCAAGACUCUUCAGGACACUCUCUCCAAUGCCGUCAUAUAUUACAGAGUACGAGACAAUGUCUGGACAGAGACCAGCCAGCUGGAAGUGGCAGUCUCUGGAGCUGCAGGUGUAAACCUUAACGGUGUCAUUUACCUGCUGGGUGGGGAGGAAAAUGACCUGGACUUCUUCACCAAGCCCUCUCGGCUAAUUCAGUGCUACGAUACCAACACGGAGAAAUGCCACGUGAAGCCCUACGUACUGCCUUUCGCAGGGCGCAUGCACGCUGCCGUACACAAGGAUGUGGUGUUCGUUGUGGCCGAGGGGGAUUCGCUGCUCUGCUACAAUCCCCUCCUGGAUAGCUUCACCCGGCUGUGCCUGCCAGAUGCCUGGAGCUCAGUACCAUCCCUCUGGAAAAUCGCCAGCUGCAACGGCAGCAUCUACGUCUUUCGCGACCGCUAUAAAAAGGGCGACGCGAAUACUUUUAAACUGAACCCAGCCACCUCUGUUGUAACAGUCACAAGUGGCAUCAAAGUGCUGCUCACUAACCUGCAGUUUGUCCUGGCCUGAGUGGGACAGACAGGACUGAGUGACAGAAGGGGCAGCAGCGGUGUUGUGCGCAGCUCAGAGGCACCCACGACCCUCAGCACCAGUCCCAAUUACGACGAGUUCCCAACACCUCUACACCUGUGCAGAGGAAGCACAGGCUUUCCGGCUGUGGGCCCAUUUUUUUUUUUUACACAGCACUAUCAAAGUUGAACUGCUGCAUCUUAGAUUUCGGAUGGACUAAAUGCUAUUACUGUGAUCCCUUGAUGAUAAGCUGCUUGCGUGCGAGGCCCAAACUGCAGCAAACGUCUUUUUAUCCGCCAGUAACAAAUCCUAUGGCAUAUGGACAACGUCCUCCUCGGCCCAGACUGCUGGUUUUAACUGUGUGUUCCUGCCAUGUCAGUCACAGAGUUAGACGUGCACUGUGUCCUCCAGGGAUGGCCCCAUUUAAACAUUCCUGUGGCCCCACUGCAGAAGGAGAGACUGGCAGAAACGUUCACAGCAGAGAUUCCAGAGCUGACCCCAAGACUGUUAGUAGGUGGCAUCAUUCAACACUCCUCCUAGAGGAGUGGUAAUAAACUGGGAACUGCUCUGUCUUCACCCGGCAUAAAGAGGGAGAUGGUUUUUAUGAGCGUUGGCUUCCUUUGCUGUACAGGGACUCCUCAGCUGUAAUCACAACGUAGUGUUGGUGAAAGCCAGAAUUCAGACCACUCCCGCCUCCCCCUCUCUGUUGGCACUGUAACCCUUUGGGUAAGAAUCUGAAUAAAGUCUCUGCUGAGACAAA